UCCCGGAGUCCCCGCCGUCCCACUCCCACCCAGCUUGCUCGCGGUCAGCCAGUCCAGCCAGCCCCGGCGACUCCACCACCUGCGGACCUGCCCCUCCCUGCAGUUGACCCGCGCGACGCGCUGCCCGUCACCUCAGAUGGACUACUCCAAGGAGCCGUCUCCCACGCGGGCGUGGUGGUCGAGGGACACGGUGGCCGUGGUGACGGGCGCGAACCGGGGCAUCGGCCACUCGCUGGCCGCGCGGCUCGCGGAGCACGGCCUCACCGUCGUGCUCACCGCGCGGGACGGCGAGCGCGGGGAGGCCGCCGCCGCGCCGCUCCGGGACCGCGGCCUCCCCGUCGCCUUCCGCCGCCUCGACGUCUCCGACCCCGCCUCCGUCGCCGACUUCGCCACCUGGCUCCGCGACACCGUCGGCGGCCUCGACAUCCUGGUGAACAACGCUGCCGUGUCGUUCAACGAGAUCGACACCAACUCGGUGGAGCACGCCGAGACUGUCCUCAACACCAACUUCUACGGGACCAAGCUGCUGACCGAAGCGCUGUUGCCCCUCUUCCGGCGAUCGCCGGCCACCAGCCGGAUCCUCAACAUCAGCUCGCAACUUGGCCUUCUUAACAAGGUGAGCAACCCGUCGCUGAGGAGGCUGCUCCUGGACGAGGAGACCCUGACGGAGGGCAAGAUCGAGGCCAUGGUGUCGCAGUUCCUGGCGCAGGUCAAGGACGGGACGUGGGGUGAGCACGGGUGGCCCAAGGUGUGGACGGACUACGCCGUCUCCAAGCUGGCCCUCAACGCCUACACGCGCGUCCUGGCGCGGCGGCUGCAGUCCGGCGGCGAGCGCGUGAGCGUCAACUGCUUCUGCCCCGGGUUCACGCGGACCGACAUGACCAAGGGAUGGGGCAAGCGCACCCCGGAGGAGGUGGCCGACUUCGGCGCCCGGCUCGCUCUGCUCCCGCCCGGCGAGCUCCCCACCGGCACCUUCUUCAAGUGGCGCACGCCGCAGCUCUACUCCAAGCUUUGAGGCAGAGGAUCGCACGUUAUCCGAUGUUGUUCGUCUGUACGUCCCGUGCGUGGUCGAUGGUCGCUGGAAUUCUAGGCGUCCUGCUGUGCGUGCGCGCGCGCGCGUAAAUAUGUUCUGUUUCAGUUUAGCCACCGUUGUUGUUAGUUCGCUGCUCCUACGUACCAAGGGUAGCUGAUAAAUCAGUGGUAUUCCACUCA